CGGGAUUAGCAAAAUCAAAGAUCGCCUUCCAGAGAGCAAAAAUAAAAUCCUAAAAGACUGGAAUAUGACUUAUGACAACAUGGUGGGGUUUUGUUAAGAUUCAAGGUUUGCACCUUACCCUCAAAAGUUCCUGUUUGGGGUUUCACGUUAUCAAGGCAAUAGUCCGUAACGCAAUAUCUUUACGGACGACACAAUUAAUUUUAAACUCAGUUGUAUCACACAAUGACAGUCAUUUUGACAGUUCAGUGAACCCUCGCUGUAACGCGGUUCACCUUUCACAGCCUCGCUGCUUCACGGUGUUUUUUGAGCAGUUUUUUUUUUUUUUUUUUUAAGUGCAUUGUGUCCUGCGUCCUGAUUGGCUAAACACUCUCAGCGCUUCUUCUCUACCUGUGCGCCAAUAACGUUACGGUAUUUAAAUAUACGUAAUGCAGCUUGGCAAAUUUUGGCAAAUAUUUUUGCCCAGAAGAGAAAAAAGCAACAACAACUACCGAUAAUUAAGUUCUUCUCUCGAAAAAACUCACCGGCACCUCAGGCUUCAGGAGAAAAAGACACUAGAGAGCGAAGUGAGGCGCAGCGUCAGAGUCAGAGGAACAGAGAAAUACCAACACAGUCUCACUCCCGACUCGUCAUAUAUUGACGCAUGGGCAGGUUCCCUUAGCGUCACAUGUUGACGCGUCGGGUACCCCCUUCGCGUCAAUAAUUGACGAGAAGGGUUCUCUCUUUGAAUGCUGUACCGCUCCCUAAGCGUCCAAAACCGACGAUCUAGGAACAAAUAAGAUAACACAAUUCGUGCAUAGCUGAUGUAUUUGUAGGUUCUUAACAAUUUAGUUAAUUUUACUUCUGUUUUAAAAGAUCCUCCGGUUCUCUGAAGCCGCGAUUUUAUCUUCAUUUCUGCUUAGUUUUUAACAACAGACACGAAUAUUUUAAUAUGGUAGAAUUACACCAGUUUCACUGAUGUCAUCGUAACCUCAUGCUUGUAAAUAACGUAAUAUUCUCAUUUUUACAUAAUAAUAAAAAAGAAACGAAUAUGUAUGUUAUUUGGAGUUUAUGAGGUUACACAUAGGCUAUUAGCGGCAUGCACCUCCGAAGUUGUUUGAAGUCCAUUAGUAAUGAAUUUGAAUUUUAAUAAAAAUAUUUAAGAAGAGAGAGGGUGGAUUUUCUUUUGUGAUUACAUUCCAAACGUUUCUGUAAACGUUUUAUUAAAAUAAAAAUAAGGACGGAUCCCACCCCUCCAUAAAUCGAAGAAGAAGAAGAAGCUGACGUCAUCGCAUGCGACAUUGCACGCCGGUGAGUACAAACCUGAAUCUGUCAAAAAUGGUUUUGUACUGUAAAACAAAAAAAUACUACAGACUGUUACGUUAUAAAGUUGCUGAUUGCAGUUUUAGGACUUAAUGGCAGUAGGACUGUGCCGCGAAUGGUUGAAGACAUUUAGACAUGUUUGUAACAUGUUUUUUAUUUUUGUUGCCGGGAGAAAUACGCGGGAAGCUAGCUACAUUAGCCUCUUGGAGCCCAGAGAGUUCGACUGAACCUGCACUUAAUACAUUUAAUUAGCUAUAAUAAAGUCACAUAACUGUCAAUCGUCAUGCUUUGUUGUAAAAUUUGAGGGUUGCUAUAAAUACCAGUGCUCCUAGGCAGUGACGAUCCUUAAAGUUUUGUCUAUGAGCCCCUGUCUGAAUACACUGAUUGCAGCUAGGUCAUGUACUUGAAUCAAAAACGAACUUGGGUCCUUACAUGCAAAGUUCUCUCCACCUGUCUAUGUUGAAAUAAAUAACUUCCGAAAUCUGAACAUUUCUUUUGUUUUUUAUGUCAACAGGUUUCUUCUUUGAUCUGAUCAUCUGACAUAUAUUUCUGCUGCUUCAUAGCACCCACAAAAGGCACUUUUAAGAGCCACGUCUGUCAAAUCUGUCAUCUUUCUUGUCAUAUCUGCAUCUUUGUGUCCUUAAUUUGUCUAUUGUUCUUUACUUAAUUUGUCAACAGUUCUGUUUGUUUGUUUGUUUGUUUGUUUGUUUGUUUGUUCAUUACCAUGAGUGUCUCAAACAUCCCUGAUCCAUUAAUGGUCCUGGAUACUGAUAUACAUCUGCAAAAAAUAAAUGUCGAGCUUCAACAACUUGAUGACUUGCUCUUUGAUCUGAAGAAAAAUGAAGAUCAAGUACCUAUGCAGAUACCUGAGCCCACAAUAAGGUGGAGAAAAAGGGACAAAGAUGGGAACGAAAUGUAUGAGAGGCCAAGAUCAACAAGAAAUCAAUUACCUAAGAGUAAGUACUUCUUUUAAAACAUGUAUGUAGAUUAUUUUUGACACAUAUAUCAGUAAAUUAAAGCAUUCAUUACUUGAUAUUUUGGCAAAUAUUUUUUUAACCAAGUAAUUGAUUCUGUUUGUUUUUACAUCUGUAAUGUUCAUAUUUAUCUGCUUUUUGAAACAAAUCACCAUUUCCUAGAGGCUUGAUAACUUUCCCCAGCACAAAAUUAUUUUCAAUUACACGGUAAUAGUAUGCUGAAUAGAAAUUACUCCACAACAUAUAACGUUAGUUUUUAACACAAAUGAGGAGUUUUUCUGUUUUGACAUACGGUAGAAUGUAGUUGAAACUGAGUGAAUGCAUUUCCAGCAGUAUGUAUUUAGAGACAUACCUUGUUACAAAAGGUUACAAACAAAUGUGUUGUUCCUCCAUUUCUUAAUCUUAAGAUAUGGGAAUGUAAUACAGUUAUUAAAUUGGAAUUGGACUUCGAAAUGUGGAUUUAAGUAAGAUGUUUGAUAUAAUCCUUACUUUUAUAUUUGUUUAUUUUAUUUUUAUAGCGCCCCACAGUCAGAAGACCAGGUGUCCCUCUCAUCCCUCUAACAUUCAGUGUGAAGUUGCCUUUGCUCCAGAGACUGUUGGUAUGUCAGUAGUAGAUCAUAUUUUGUUUUUUCUAAGCAUUCUCUAUUUGCUAUUCUUUUCUAACAUGUAAAAAAUGUUUUUAUUUUUUAAAAGCGACUUUUUUACAAGAACUCCAGAGCUCACUGAAUGAUGAUGCAGGUCAACCACUAGUGCCAAAAGCUCCUCUGGCUUCCACAAACUGGAGCACAAGAAAAAGCCUAUUUUCAGAGAGUUGGAAAGCAGAAAGACCCCGUCUGGUUAACACCAUGGCAGCUCAGCAAAGUGUGUCAGCACACUUAUGCCAAUAUUGUGGAAAAAAUCCAUCUGCACUUCGGUGUCGUGAUUGCCUACCACACCCCUUCUUUUGUGAAAAAUGUGAUGUGAUGAUGCACACUAGACAUGUCUUUCACAACAGAGAAACCAUCAUAGCUGGCUUCUUCCAGCCAUUGCCUCCAACUACCUAUGUUUUAAAUGCAACUCUUUGCCAUGAUGGUAAGUUUAAGGUAUUAAUUAAGCUUUUUAUUUGUACUGUUUAAACACUCCUCAGAAUGUUUUUCUUACUGUUAACUUUUGACUGUAUUUUGAAUGUUUUGGUUUUUAGGUCAUCUGGUUCUGGAUAUCUUAGUUACAAUGUGUUAAUACAGUUUAGGUGAAUUCAUACUUUAAACAUGUUAACCUCUUUAGCACGAUUUGUACCUGUGGAGAUCCCUGUUAGAAUCUGUGAUUGUCCAUCAGAGUGUUUGAGGAUCAAAGCAGGAAAGGCUGUCACUGUCGUCACAAUCAAUGGUAUGAAUAACUUUAUUUUUUUCAUGAAUCAAAACCAAAACAUAAUAAAAAGCAAUGUUAGCAAAAUUUAAAUAUUAACUAUAUUUGUUGCAGACUACAAGGAAUUGUUUGUGACAUAAUGUCACAAACAAUUUAAAUUAAAUAAUCAAAUAUUACAACUUUUACACUUUUUUGGUGUUUUAGGUCGGUAUGAUCUCAGCAUGCCAGAGCUGGGGUGUGAGGGAUGUGAGGCUAGUUGGACAUGUGGAGUACACGAUCUAAAUUUAACUGAUUACUGGCCAGCUACCCUUCACUUUUCCACUGUAUAUGCAACUGAUGUGCUUUAUACAUUUGAAGAAAUGAAGAUGGCAGCACCAGGUCUCUCCUGUCAAGCAUUUCUUAAAAUGUUUGACCAACGAACCGUCCGCUUUGGCCGUGUGAGUACUUUGACAUACAUAUCCCAGAAAGGCCGUCUGACUCAAUUCUUGAGUAGUUAUGCUCUUCAACCUUUUGAUGUAACUGGUUAAACACACUUGAAUCAAACGGCUAAUGUACCACCUCAUUCAUUCAUCAUUUAGAUCAUAUGUAGUAACAUCAAAAUUUAUUGAAUGAGAUGUUUUGUGCCAGAGACACACCUAAAACUUGAAGAACACAUAUCCUGAUGCCUGGGAUUUGGACAACUAUGUCCUUUCUUAUGUUUUUAUUAUUUUAUUUUUUUUAUUUGUCUCUCAUUUUAAAACAGACAGGAAAGAUCUCAGCUGACAGCUUCCUGAAAAGUUUUUUUGAGUGGGAAGCUAUAAGAUAUGAAUUGGAUAAAAUGUUAAGGAAGGAUCCCUUCAAGUGUCAAGCUUGUACCCCGGAUAUGCUUGCAGUUUCAGUGGAUGGAAACCGCAAGCAUUACCGUUUCAAGACUGCAGCAAGAUCGGAGGAACAGGCUAUAUUUCAGGACCUGUUCAUAGCCAAGGAUGAAGACGUAAGAAAAUUUGUGGACUAUAUACACAAAUCAACCAAACAUGUAAGACUGCAGAUUAUAAAUGUAUAACGACAGUAAUCUUUUAGCCUGUAAUGACAGCAUGCCUGACUGAAUAUUUUGCAUUCUAGAUUUCUGGAAGAGGUGUUUGUGGUGGGCAAUGGUCAGCAGCCAGGGAAACCUCUCACAAAUCCAGCAGCAAACUGGACGAGGAGGGAUUGGAGCUAGCGGUGUGCAGACAUGGGGUGCUACUUUGUGCCCUGAACAUGUAUAGGGGUGAGAUAUUUGCAUACCCCUUGUACUUGCAGCAAAGGCUGGCCAACAGACGGAUCACUUUUUUUUGCAUGGAUGUAACCUGCAAGUACUGGCCAUAUCUUGAGAAAGUUUUGAAAAGCUGUCCUGAGCUCCAACACCUGCUUCAAAUGAAGCCAUUCCUCUCGGUGUUCCAUGCCAAAGCCCAUGACUUCAAAUGUGAGGCUAAGUGGAGUGGAGCAUAUCAAGAUGGUGCUGGCUUGACUCUAGGGGAAGAAGUUGAGCAGUGCAAUGCAUUUCUCUCAAGGAUCGCUGUUACGACAAAACAUAUGUCAAAAGCUGGACGGACAGACAUGCUGACUCUUAUGGCCAUGCGCUGGAAUCAGCAAAAACUUGACAACUUGGCCACCACACUAACCCAUCGAUAUCAGAAGGCCACAAAAGCUCUUCAAAAACAACAUCAGAACUUGGAGUCCUUAAAAACUGAGCUUUUGGUGACUGACAGUCAACUUAAUGUCUGGGUCCAUGAUAUUAAGGAUUGGGCAGAAGCAACAUCUAGCACAACUGAUCCGGACUCCUUGGCAGGCAGAAUUGAGGUUCUGGCUGCGAGCAUAAAAAGGCGUUCUCAGCGUCUUUAUAAAGACACAGACGGAAACAAAGCUCGUGCCAAGGCUCGUCACAAAAUAAGAAAGGAGAAAAACAUCUUAGCAUUGGCUUUAGAAGACUACAACAAGACUGUUACAAGCACAGAAGCACUGUCUUUGGAAGAAAUUCUGUCUGGUGACACAACAUUGCCAUGGCAGCAACCACAUAGUGAUUCUGUCAGUCUUGCCACAAAAAGAAGGGCAUUCGAUGGCAUUAUGGCAGUAAAGAGACUGGAAGAGGAAAAGAGGAUCCUUGUAGAAGAGAUGGACCGUCAUUGGAAAUCUCUCUCAUCCUAUGAAGACACUCUAAAGGAGCUUUCCCGCCUGUUAUCGAGAGGCAAAUUUAAAAGUACGUCCUGUCCCCUAAAUGAUGAAGGUCUAGGAGGUCUCCAGAGCAUCAUCCUCAGAGAGCUGCAGCACUUAAAACAGAUGAAACUGCAGGCAAGAGAAUAUUAUCUACAGACUUUGUCAGGAGCAGAGAGUGUUAGCUUUGACGAUACUUCUGAUGACGACUUCGGUAGUGACUCGGAAGCUUCUGAUAAUAGUCUGUAAUCAUUUGUGCAUGUACUGCUGACAAAAACCUACACUAGUGUGACAGUGUUCGGCUCCUUCUGUAUUGACCAAUAUGUCACAAGUAAAGUAUGUUUGCUCAUAAGUCACAAAGAGACACCUUACAAUUUGUUAUUGUGCUUUCAUUUUUCCAAAUUGGCAGUGUUUUAUUUAGUUGAUUCUUUUUUUUUUUUUUUUUUUUAUUAAUAUGUUUGUGACUUUUUACUUUCUAAAAGGGCUUACUAGGGUUGUGAUUACUUGUGCAGGCAUGUCAUUCAUUUUGUUUCUUUUUCACUUAUGUUUUUGCAUAUCUACUGUAUUUCCAGGUAAUAGUAGGGGUAAUUUUACUGUAGUUACUAGUUAUAGUUACUAUUUUUACUUCAAAUGUAAAAAUAGCACUUGUGCUUAUGUUUCGCAUUAAAAAAAAUGGUUAGAACACUACAUUAAGCAGUCGCAGUGAUUCUGUACUAACAUAACCAAGACAUCUUUUUGGAUGUUGUACUUUUCUUUUCUUUUUUUAUUAACACAUGCAGUUCUGACUUAUUUCUUAAUUCAAUAAACACACAGUGUAUAGUGGUGGAACACUUUGUUGUCUGUGGUCACUUGAAUGCUUGUUAAAUUUUUCUGUCAAUUUCUGUAUUAAAAAUAAAUUAGUUUCAGUACAUGUCAAAUAGAUAUUUUUAUUGCAGUACUCACGGUUCUGAUUUUGUUUAAUGACAUGCAUUUAUACAAGAAAUUCAUCAAGCAUGAUUUUAUAAACUAAGAAGCAUCUAGUUUUGUGGACUCUUUACUAAGUAGGAUAUGUUCUGAAUCCAUUAGUUGAUAAAAAGCCAGUAAUGAACCACAUUAAAAUGUUGGACAAACAUAACAAAAAGUAGUUUUAAGAAAUAAAUUUUUCAGCUUUUAGGUACUCUUUAAGGUCAUUUGAAAAUUAGUUAUAAUUGCAUACAUAUAACUAACAGGAUUCAUUUCUGUAACAGAAUCUAGUCACCUCUUUUGAACUUCAUGUCAUGGAAAUGGUCAAUUAUUUUUCCUUCCAAUCAUGGACAAUCACUGAUAACUGGGACAUCACUCCUCAAAUAUAUAUAUGCAUGAUGAUGUAUUUUUAUAUUUGAUAUAUAUAUUCAUCUUUUCAUAUUACAUAUAUUACUAUAAAGACAUACAUACAAAUAAAUGUAUAAAACUGUACAUAAGGCCAUGUGAAAAUAUAAAUAGGUUUAUAUCAGAAGCGGCAGCCUCCAUUAUACUCUUUCUCAUAAAAGCAAGCCGAUGCUGUUCUGCUGGAUGUUCUUGUGCUGCUCUGCGGUGCAACUCAGAGGAUAAAGCACACUUCAUACCAGGUGUUGAUUGUAAAACACCAAUAAGUUAUUUUCUGAUCCUCCACCUAAAAAAGAAAAAAAAAUGAAGAAGGGAGAGAAGGUUGAAAUGUUCCAACACAGUCUCACUUCAUAGUUUGGAGCAGUUAUUUUUCGUAGCCCGUCACAUAAUAUUGCCUUUUAAGUGCAUUUUAUGUCAACGCUGUAGUCAUCAAGCUGAACAUUUAUCUUGUUCUUUACAGUGAGAACGUUUUUGAAAUCGGAUAACAUUUCGCCAAAGGAAGUAAUCAGAAGUCCGUAAAACCUGUUGCCGCACACAGUCCUCUCAGCAGGAGAAAAUUCUCGCUGAAGCGUAUCAACUGCGCUAGACGCUCCAAAGCGCCUGCUCCAGCGUCCAGAUCACAAAUUAUACUCUGACAUCUAUUGUUCUUAUGCUGAUUGAUAGUGAGCUCCGCAAUUGUUCUCUGUUCAUAAAGUGGAAAAUAUCUACGCACCAAGUGCUCAGGUGCGCAUUAUGACUGGAUAAGAAACCAGUGAACUGCACUCUGUCCUUGGCUAAACUGUCAAAGGUCGGGAGUCGGGGGAACCCGACAUAUUAUCUCAAUGAAGUUUUUACUGGUUUAGAUUUUUAGACUACCAUUAGCGUAAGCAGUGUAAGUAUGUAUUGUAUAUUUGGCAUUUGUCAUCUGAUGUGUGAUUAGUUUGAGCGCAAUGGUGGAGCUGCGUGCGCAUUUAUUGUCCAGCGCACUGGAAUUGUUACUGUCUUACCGACAUCUACGCUUUAAUUUCUUUCCUUCCACAACAAAGUCAACUGGCUAAUCCUCUAUGUAUGAAACACAAAACAAACAUAACAUAGCUUCACACACUUCUGCAAUUGUGGAUGAAACCAAUCAAUUGUACAGUUUAACCAGGCGUCAUGCCUUCAAGACAAUACAUAGGGGAAACUUGACCAACCUCUAACAGCGGCCGGCUUGUCAGGCACUGAAAAGGGCAAACUGAAUUUUUUUUUUUGUAAAUCUUAUUAUGACUCUUUCUGUAACAUACGCAUAUUUUAGCUACAUUUUGAGGGAACAUUUCACAGUGUUUCGUUGACAACUAACUUGACCUUAUUUCACAACUGACAAAUAAGGUUGUCAAACAUCAUUUGUGCCCUCUUUUCCCCGAGAUAGUCCUGUAAGGUAGAAUGUGUUGAUGAAGCUCGAUGCGUUCCUUUCUUCUUUUACCCGGUCUGCCGUCCAAUGGCUGGAUUCCAUUUCAAAUUCUUGCCGAUCAGCCGUGCAAAAACUUCUAGAACUAUGCGGAGCUGUGAUGCUUCUGAAAUAUUUUGUAUGGUUUCUGAUAAUACAUUAUGGAAGAUCAGGUCUGAAACAGGUUUCUCUUCAGUCUAAACA